CAAUGAGGCAUCACUCAAGAAUGAACUGGAUGAAACCCUGUUGAACCACAAAUCAGCCAAUCAGCGGGUGGGUGGGCGUGGUUCAGAAAUAUGCCACGCCCCUUGCCGCUGGCAUAAGGACCGGAUUCCGUGUGCCCAGUCAGUGUCUGAGUGGAGCCGGAAACACACCUGUUGGGAGGUGAAUCAGGAGUCUGGAUACAAACAAUUCGACAGACUACACGGAUUUUCAUUGAGUGUCAGCUGCACUGAAAGGUGAACUGCAAGAAUCUGCUCUGAAAAAUGGAAUUUGAUAAUAUUAAGUCUUCUGCUGCACUCAUUUAUGAUGAGUUCAUCCAAAAUGCAGACUCGCGGACGGAGGACUGGCUGCUCAUGUCGUCUCCUCUCCCUCAAACGAUCAUCAUCGCUGCAUACAUUUACUUUGUCACAUCGCUGGGGCCACGAAUAAUGGAGAACCGCAAAGCCUUUGACCUCAAAGGAGUCCUCAUCGUCUACAACUUCGGUGUGGUCGCUCUCUCGCUCUACAUGUGCUAUGAGUUUGUGAUGUCAGGAUGGGGAACGGGAUACUCUUUUCGCUGUGAUCUGGUUGACUACUCAAAUUCACCACAGGCCAUAAGGAUGGCAGCAACAUGCUGGCUUUACUACUUCUCAAAGUUUAUUGAGAUGCUGGACACGAUUUUCUUUGUACUGAGGAAGAAGAACAGCCAGGUGACAUUCCUUCAUGUCUACCAUCACUCCAUCAUGCCCUUCACCUGGUGGUUUGGUGUCCGUUUUGCUGCAGGUGGACUGGGGACAUUCCAUGCUCUGCUUAACUGCGUUGUCCAUGUUAUCAUGUACACCUACUAUGGGCUGACUGCCAUGGGCCCCAAGUACCAGAAGUACCUGUGGUGGAAGAAAUACCUCACUACCAUUCAGCUGAUCCAGUUUGUUAUGGUGACCAGCCACAUCUGUCAGUAUUUCUUCCUCAAAGACUGCCCCUACCAGUUCCCCAUCUUUGUCUACAUCAUCGGCCUGUACGGCCUGAUUUUCCUGUUUCUCUUCCUCAACUUCUGGUACCACGCCUACACCAAGGGCAAGAGGCUACCUAAAGUGCUGCAGGCUCAGACUUGGGCACACCACACCAACGGAGUCAUGAAUGGAAACGCAGGUCAAGAAAAAGAUGAGUGACGCAGGACUCAGGUUUAUCAGGGGUUUCGGGGUUGACCUCAUUUACGUAAGCAGACCACUGUGGUAAUCUCAAGAUUUAACCUCGGUUUGUUUAGUCUGUUUUUGAUUGCUUUGUUUUUACGUGUAACUGCAAAAGACAAUCUUUAAAUUAUGACCAAAGUUAUAUUUAAGAAGUUUAUUGAACCAAGCUGAAGGGUUUUAUUGAAUUUUUGUUUAUACUGAAGGUGAACCCCAAGUUCUGCUAUGGAGAUUUCCAAAAUAUCCAUCCUUUGCUGCUGCACUAUGGCUUAAAGAAACUAUUUCACGUCUUCACCAUUUACACUGAUGAGACUUCACCUAUGGUCCCACUGCAAGGCCCUCAGCUGUACAGCCAUACUGGCUCUCCUCAAAAAGCUUCUAACUCGAAGAUCAUUUUAUUUAUUUCUGUGACUUGAUCUUACUCCUCAGAAGACUUUUAGGAAAUCCAGUUUAUUAUUAUUUUUUAAAAGUUGUGCACUGAAAAGUUAAAGGUUGUUUAUUUCACUAGGCCUAACAUGUUGACAUUU